AGAAAGAAAAAUGAUAAGCCUGAGGUUUCAAGCAUGCACCGUCGCUGUUUUAUCGGAGUCGGUCAGCCGCGCCGGGUUUACCAGACGUUACGGUACGACUAAACCGGGAUGGACAUGGACUCGUCGGUUUGGGACGACGGCGAUGACCGCGAGUCCUCUGGAAAUCUGCGUCAAAGCUUCCGUCAUAACACCAAACAAGCUUGGAGACUGCCCUUUUUCCCAAAGGGUGUUACUCACUCUGGAGGAGAAGCAUGUACCUUAUGACAUGAAAUUGGUGGAUUUGAUUAACAAGCCAGAGUGGUUCUUGAAAAUUAGUCCAGAAGGUACAUGGAUUCUGAAACCUACAGUGGUUGUGCGGUGGUUAUGACGUCACUUGAUACAUGGCAACCAAUCAACCAUCGUUAUCAGAUAACGCUUAAGACUUAUUUUCUUCUAAUGAAUUACUUCUAUA